AUGACACGGAACUCGUCCACACCAAUCGGCUCGGUGACGCUGCCGUUCACCUUCGGGGCAAAGGAGAACUACCACACCGAGUAUGUCAAGUUCGAGGUGGCUAACUUCGAGUCAUCCUACCACGCCAUCCUUAGAAGACUUGCUCUAGCCAAAUUCAUGGUCGUGCCCCAUUACGUCUACCUGCUCCUAAAGAUGCUGGACAAGAUAGGGGUACUCACUUUUCAUGGUGACUUGAAGAAGUUGUACGAUUGCGACUCGGAGGCAAUCAAGUAUGCCUUGACUGCUGGCGCGCCAGAUACUUCAGCUGAAGUCUUCGCACCCGCACAACAGCUCCCCCAAUCAGAGAUGGUGAUUCAAACAAAGAAGUCGAGCCAGUCCACGUUGAAGCCGACCAGCGACGUUGGCAUGAAGGCCAUCCAACUGUAG